AUGUCUGGACACAACUCUGACCUUUCUCGCGCUGCGUCGCUGUCAUCUCAGACUCCACGUUUGUCACAGCCUCAGAUCUCUGAACCGCUUGCCCGUCGCGCCUCUAGUCGCCUUUCGCAUGUCUCUAACCCAAAUAUCUUCUCCGACGAGUACGCAUUAGAACCGAUUGACACCGAAAUCAACCGGGUCCCUAGUCCCGCUUCGGCCUCCACCUCCGCCUCUGCCCCCCUUCACUCAACUCAACAUGUACAAGAGUCAACAAUCGCUGAUAAUGAGGACCCAUUUGCUGAUGGUCCUCGGCUUUCUCAGGAUGGAUCUCGUCGGUCAAGCCUGCCCCAGAAAGGCCUCGGCCUCGGAUUUGCUAGCAAUCGCGACUCCGUAAGCUCUUCCAACAAUGGCCAAUUUGCAUUUCAACGCAAUCAAAGCGUUUCCUCUCGUUUCUCCAUACCGCGCGCCAUGAGCCCAUACACCGGGGCGACCGGUCCAAGUCACCCAUAUGGCAUGUACUCGCAAGUCGGUGUGAGUCGCUCUGGAAGUAUUGCCAGCGUUUCAACUAUCCGCCCAAUCGACCGCCCCCUGGGAGAAACAUCCGGUCCUCAACAUCCCUACGGAAUGUAUUCUCAAAACGUCGUUGAAGAAGAUGCUAGCGACAACGUGAUUCCCGUUGGGUUCGCCGCCCACAACCAACCAUAUCAACAGCCGCUUGGCCGGCGACUUGACGACGUGGGGGAUAUAAUUGGGCCAGACGGACAUGCAGAGCCACUGCCUCCUUAUUCACGUUAUCCAACAGGUGUAGUACCAAAGCCACCGGGCGCAGAGACAACAACGUCUGAUGUCAAUAUCCUACCGGAAGACCAGGAGUUACAUUCACUUUCAAGAGAGCCGCCAAUCUCUGAAUCCUCCUCGAGAGCACUGAUUACUGAAACUUCGGGAGACAAUGAGCAUAGUGAGCACAAUGAACCGCUCAGGGCGGUGCCCUUGUCGGGUGUGAUGGCCUUCGAGGAGAAACUCAAACAGAAAGGGAAAAAAAGGGUAUGCUGUGGACUACCAGUCUGGACUCUCGUUCUCAUUGCCACCGUUAUGUUAAUUGGAGGGUGUAUUGGAGGUGUGAUUGGUGGAAUCCUGGGCACAAAAAGAGCUGCAGAAGACUCGCGAAAUACUGAAGAUCCCCCCAGUCGUGGUCCACACAUUGUAACGGUCACUGCAACACCUGCUAUGGGCUUUUCAGAAAUCACAAGCACCCCAACGAAUCUCAAGUCCAUCCCCACGGGCUACUACCUUAUUCCCGCUGUCUUGCAAAACCAGUCUGGGUUCUGUGUUGAGGAUCAUGACUUCAAGGCGGGUUGGGCCUGUCAAGAAAAAGCCAGUGAUUUUGAAAUGUACCUUGGAAAUUCCGGCAGUGGCCACUACGCUGUUUUAGGGUCUGAUGGUCCAACUUCAACCUUUACUUAUGGAGCCCAGUCACCUUUUCUUCCCACACCUACCCAAAAUUUGAGUCUGGCUUAUGACACCAGCAACACCGGCUUGGGGCCUGCUCUAUUUUUCUAUACCCUAUUUGACAAGCUCAUCAUCCUUCCACAAGAUACAUUCUCAUCCAGCUCACUCUCGUCGCGAUCAUUCUCAGACGAACUCAUGGCAGGUAUGAUGGAACGCAAGGAAGUCUCAAAACCCGGUGAAGAACCGUGGUUCUGCUGGUGGAACAGUACAAUGAUGGAGUUUUUCUUGUACAUCAACCAGUCGACUUCAGAUACCACAUCUUCCACUGCUUCUCAUGAUGAUAGCAUGUCAACUAGUACAGCUACUUCGGAAGCCCAGUAUAAGAAUCGUCGUAGCAGCAUUUUCAACUACCCACGAAAUAUCAAAAUUGAAGAGCGACGUGACUACUCAGGAGCCGAGGCCCCCUAUUGCCAACAGAUGUUGGUGGAAUCGAGUGGUCAGCUCAAAACCAUUGUCAAUUCAGUCAUCACCAUCAAGGAGGUUGAACCUGUUGCGACAACUACCUAUGGCGUCAGUGCUGAUGGUUCUAGCCAAACUUACACAGCCAAGGCACAGUACGCGUCACCAUGUUACUGCUUGUCUUCGACUGAUGAUUAG